CCCCACCCCUCCUCCAGCAGAACUGGGUCUUCCCUCUGAGCGCAUCGCAUCUCUUGGAAUUUGGGUUUAAAGUAUAAAUAAAUCUAAAUUCUUGUGAUUUUUUACGCGUGGGUCGGCUUAUUCUAAGACUAUUUUUUAUUUAUUUAUUGAGCUGUUACAGCUUGUGUUUUAAGUCACACCCUGUCUGGUGAACAGGCGUCUCUGUUCGUUUUUUUAAAUUGAAUUCAAAUUCAACCAAAAAAAACACUCAAGGAUCAGGCGGAUUUUGUGAAGAAAUCGUCCGGACUUCUGUGUUUCUUCUUUUGUCUGAAAGGAUUUUACAGGCAUCCUGCCACAUCUUCACAAGUAUGAAACAGCCUACAGCCAGAACAGAGAUGAGCCGUUUCAACAUCUCCCCUGAAGAAGACAGCAGCAGCACCAACAGCAAUGAGUACACAUACCAGGACUGUCCCAAGAAGGUCCCACUGGGCCAAUACUCUGACAACGAUGCAGAGAGUCAGAACUUCCUCCCUGAACACAACCUGGGCAAGAAGAAGUAUGAGACUGAAUAUCACCAGGGAAAUGCAUCCUUUGGCAUGUCCGUCUUCAACCUGGGCAACGCCAUUAUGGGCAGUGGUAUCCUGGGUCUGUCCUAUGCCAUGGCCAACACUGGGAUCGCCCUGUUUGUGAUUCUUCUCGUGGCGGUCGCCAUCUUCUCUUUGUAUUCUGUCCACUUGCUUCUGAAAACAGCGAAUGAAGGAGGUGCACUGGUGUACGAGCAGCUGGGUUACAAAGCCUUCGGGAUGCCAGGAAAGCUCGCCGCGUCCUGCUCCAUCACCAUGCAAAACAUCGGAGCCAUGUCCAGCUACCUCUACAUCGUCAAGUACGAGCUGCCCAUCGUCAUCGAGUCUUUUCUGGGAGCCAGCAACGGAGAAUGGUACACAAAUGGGGACUACCUGGUGCUGCUGGUGACGCUCGUCAUCAUCCUGCCCCUGUCGCUGCUCAGGAACUUGGGUUACCUUGGUUACACCAGUGGUCUGUCUCUGCUCUGCAUGGUUUUCUUUCUGAUUGUGGUGAUCAUCAAGAAGUUCCAGAUCCCUUGCCCUCUGCCCUUGGACGUCUCCGCCCUGAACGAGACGCUCAUCAAAGUCGUGAAUGCCACUAUUGCUGAAAUGAACAACACCGCCGUGGAUUACAGCGAGGACGCCUGCACGCCAAAAUACUUUGUCUUCAACUCUCAGACAGUUUACGCCGUUCCCAUUCUGACCUUCGCCUUCGUGUGCCACCCGGCCAUCCUGCCCAUGUAUGAAGAGCUGAAAGACCGCUCCCGCGCCAAGAUGCAAGGCGUCGCCAACGUGUCCUUCCUCGCCAUGUUCAUCAUGUACCUGCUCGCCGCUCUCUUUGGAUAUCUGACCUUCAACAUCCAUGUCGAGCCAGAGCUGCUGCACACUUACUCCAAAAUCUACAAGUCUGACGUGAUCCUGCUGAUCGUCCGUCUGGCCGUGCUGACCGCCGUCACCCUCACCGUCCCUGUGGUGCUUUUCCCUAUCCGUACCUCUGUCAACCAGCUCCUGUGCGCCUCCAAGGAAUUCAGCUGGAUCCGCCACACCAUCAUCACUGUGGUCCUGCUGGCCAGCACCAACGCCCUGGUCAUCUUUGUCCCCACCAUCAGAGAUAUCUUUGGCUUCAUCGGUGCUUCUGCUGCUGCCAUGCUCAUCUUCAUCCUGCCCUCGGCUUUCUACAUCAAACUGGUCAAGAAGGAGUCCAUGAAGUCUGUGCAAAAGAUUGGGGCCACCGCCUUCCUGCUGUGUGGUUUCGUGGUCAUGAUCGGCAGCAUGACCCUCAUCAUUAUGGACUGGAUCCACAACGCCACAAACGGCACGGACGCACACGACGGACACUAGAGCUCCACCUACCCUCCGCCGCGUCCUGCCGAGGAAGAGAGGAGGCUCCCCGGGCGCCGGACUGCUACGACCGCGCAAACCAACAAAGAUCGAAAAACGUAUUGUAAAAGAAAAAGAAAAACACAAGAACUCACUUUAUGCUCGGCUUUGACUUCCUGAGCGACAAACCAUGCCAUUCCAAGAGAAUGUAUCCGAACUUUGUACAGUACGCUGUUAUAGGCCACACAGAUGGUGUUUUUUUUUUCUCUUUUUAUUGUAACUUUUUCAACGUUGUUUUUUUUUUUUUUUUUUGCUUUCUAUGUUCUUUUGUAGUUAUGGUACAGCUGAAAACAAAUAUUUGAAGGUGCCUCAAAUCAGAGACGACAUAGAAAUAGAGUUCAAAGUGCAGCUUACACUCAGGUACGGUGUUGUGUAUGUGGCAAGUGUGGCUGCGACCGCCGAGCUCGGAAACGACAAAAAACAACAACUGCUGAGAGAAGUGUUCUGAUCUCCUGAAGUCUGGCAAGAGGCGACGGACUGGAAAGUUUAAACCUCAAGGACGGUUAAGUUCCUUCCAAAAUCUGAUGUUUUGUUUUUUUGUUUUUUUUUACUUUGCCAAAAAUGUAUUUGUAAAGCAUCUUUGUAUAUUUAAAAGCACUUACCGUUCAGCACACUUAUGAAGAAAAAAAAAAAGAUUGUCGGUUUUCACGGGCGAGGCCUACUACAUCGCCUACUCAGUAUUUGUGACCUCGCUUACAGCGUCAGCUUUUUUCCUUGUACAACAUAGUCUAAGUCAUCAGAACCUGCCUUCUCAAAGCCGACACUGGGAGCUGCAGAGUCUCUCGAAAGAGGACUCUCCUGAAACUGUAUUUACUCUUUAUAACCUGCUGAAGAUCUUGUUGGAAAAGCGUGUGCAGCGACGACACUACUGCUACGAGAGUUCAACUUCCCCACUCAGGGGGGGGAGGGGGGGAACUUCAAAGAUGUUUUCUUUAUGGGAGAAUAAAUUUGACCACAUGCAGUGGUUGUAAUAUACCUGUUUUAACGUGCAAAAAAACAACAACCUAAAAACCAGAAGUAAGAUGUGCACUCGUACACCGACAAACCAAACGACAACUACAAGAGCUAAGGAGAGCGUCUGUCACAAUAUUUUAAGUGUUUCUACGUACGGUCGCACAAGUUAUAUGCUUUCAAAAUUUUUCACAAUGAAGAACUUGUUUGCUCGGUGCAGGCCUUUUUUUUCCGGUCGAGCCGUGAACCCAUCAUCUUGACGGUUUCUCGUGCUUCCAACACUAACUUAACACGUCACCAAACUGAUAAUGUCCAACAUCUAUUUAUGGAAGACCGUGAAAUCAAUGUAAUUUAAUCUAUUUUACUAUAUUUAUAUAAUGAUGUAUGUAUAUACAUAUGUAUAUAUAUCUAUUGAGUUCAACUGUAUAUACGCUUUGUUUGAAGUUUUUUUUUUUUACAAUAAUGUUUGGAGCUGUAAAUCAAAACUACCCAAAGCUGGUGAAUUUGUGAUAUGGAGUCGGCUCCGACACACUGGAGCUUCAGCUGUUCAUCUCCGUUAAGACUGACUGAAUUAUUCUGCUGUGUUGAUUCUGUGAGAGCUGUGUUACAUGUGGAAGCCACUGAUAAAAGCGGCAACAGUUUCAUCUCCUUUUUGGCCCCUGAACACGAACAACCUGGAUCAACAAAAUGGUCUUCACGCACAUGCUGGUUGGAGAGUAUGUCAGCCAUCUCUUGACCUCAGGAGCAAAGAGAGCUUUGCCCGCCAGUGUUACACUCUUGUUUCAAUGAAACACUAUGUACAAUGUGUAAAUAAUGUCCGAAUAAAAUCAAAGUUAAUCUUUA